UGUAUAUAUAUGUACGUACAUAUAUACACCUAUGUGACAUGACGUAUACCAUUAGAUAUCGGAAGGACGCGGGCAAAUCAUGGAGGUUUUAGCUGUAUUCACCUUAAUCACUUUCAUGAUGGAUUUUGCCUCAGCUAAAUAUAUUAUGCAAGGGAAUUCUAAGUAUAAUGGGCCACAUCGAAUCCCAAUAAAUGAACAGAAUAUCGACGAAGACCUGCAGAAAGGUCAGAAAUUUCCCCCGAAAAGACCUCCACCGUGGUCAAACAGUCACUCCCCGGUACACAAUCCCCAACCUAUACUGGUUAAUGUACUGCACCAAAACACAGCUACGACAAUGGGCGCGGCACUGCACCCUGCAUCACACCCCGCCGACCAUUCUACGACCAAAACUACAUUACAGGAACAAACGACGAUGAACUUCAACGGAAUGGCCUCAUUUUCGGAAUGGAAGAUUACAUGGAUGAGGAAUCUUACCUCUUCAUGUGGAAGACAACACUUUGCUCCUCAUGGUACACAUUACAGAAUUAUGGGAGGCACAGACGCUCGGAAAGGCAGCUGGCCAUGGAUGGUGUCUAUAUAUUUUGUCCCUUUUCACCAAUCCGUGUGUGGAGGAUUUCUCAUCGACAAUGCAUGGUUUUUAACUGCAGCUCACUGUUUUGACCCGCCUCUACAUGAUGCUUAUAAAUUCAUGCUGAUCCGGACAGGGAUACACAAUGUCUCAUCUUCACUCACUGGAAACCCCGUCGAACAGCAGCGAAUGAUUCAAAAGAUAUAUACGCAUCCUGGUUACGGCACCAAUUCAACUCCAUUCGAUAACGAUAUUGCGUUAGUGAAGCUAAAUCACGCAAUAGAAACUACCGAAUUUGUCCGUCCGCUGUGUUUGCCACCAGAAAUCGACACUAUUGAAAAUGACUGUGUUAUAACUGGAUGGGGGAUUAAAAGAACUCCAAAUGUGUCAUCACCCUACGAGAUCGAUUUCACGGCCUGGCCAGAUCUUUUACAACAAGCCUCGAUUCCAAUCAUCGAAGAGAAAGAGUGUCAACAGAAAGAAGGAUACGACGAGAAACUAACAGAAAACAUGGUCUGUGCCGGCUAUCCCGAAGGUCACGUAGAUUCCUGCAAUGGAGACAGCGGGGGACCUCUGCAGUGUCAUGCUGAUGGCGUUUGGCGCGUAAAAGGUAUAACAAGCUGGGGAGGAAAAACCUACAGCGAAUGUGCACAGGCUGACCAACCUGGCGUGUACACAAACGUACAGAAGUACAGACAGUGGAUAUUAGAAACGAUAUACAAAGACAGUACACUACUCCAAAGGGUGGACACUAGAAACAACGUUUGGGAUGCAGAUGGAGAUCCAAUUUGGGGGUCACUUCCAAACAACACUGGAUGUGGGGUAUCCCACUACAAACCGAUCUCCCCCGUAAAAAGAGUGGUGGGCGGGGAACAGGUGGCUCCCAACAGCUGGCCUUGGAUGGCUUUGUUGAAGUUUGAUGGCAGUCUGACGUGUGGGGGUACUGUAGUCAGGAACGAUAACAACACGAUGCUCAUCAUCACUUCAGCGGCCUGUGUUGAUGGAACGCUGGCAGAUGAAACCCGAUGGCAAGUUCGUCUCGGGGUGUUCAGUAGAGCAGGAGCAACAUACGAACCGUACUACCAGCAGUUCAGAGUAUCAAAGAUCAUUCAACAUCCAGAUUACCACCCAAACACGUACGCCAAUGAUAUUGCCUUAAUGCUUGUUGAAGGCGUCAUUCAAGAAACCAAUGGCGUCAGCCCCGCUUGCGUCACCAGAGACAUGUAUAUGCCAGGGGAAAACUGCGUCACACUCGGAUGGGGACAGACUGUCCAAGGUGGAGAGGUGUCUGAUAGAUUACAACAGGUGUUCAAGCCUCUCCUGAACGCGGACACUUGCUCCCAGCAGCUGGGUGCCCUGUUUGACAGACGUACAAUGAUGUGUGCGGGCCGAGACGAGGGCGGAGCGGGGGCAUGCUUCAGGGAUAGCGGCGGUCCACUUCUGUGUAAAAGACAGGAUAUAUGGUACCUAACGGGUAUCGUCAGUUGGGGCUAUGGAUGCGGAACAGCAGGACUCCCCCCAGUGUACACUCACGUGUUUGAGUUCGUCACAUCCGGGUGGCUGAAAACUAACGGCGAUAUUUGAGGAACACGAUAUUUUAUAUUAGAUAUGACUUCAACAUUGUACGUUGUACAUUUCAAAACGAGACGGAUUUUUGCAGAAAUAAAGUGUAGAGUUUA